CUCAGACGCUCCCACUCUGGUUUAGGUCCCGCGGAAAUCACCCUUCUCACUAGAAUCCCUCCCUCCCUCUCUCUCUCUCUGUUCCUUCAACCUCUGAAAGGGUAUCAUAUCUCUCUCUUGCUUAGGGUUUGUGCAAAAGUUUAACUCUCUCUUGCUUAGGGUUUGUGCACAUCAAGGCCCCUGGAUCUAUUUUCCUGAACGUAACCUCUUUGCGCUCGUUUGGUUUUUCUGAGAAACCUAAGGAAAGUUUUCGCUGCAGCUCGUUCGGAUUGAAUAUCUAAUUGUCACCCAGAAAAGGCUCUGUUUUGGCUGCUGGGCAUUUAGUAUACAAUUCAAACCCUCAGAGAGAAAUGCUCCACCAAACCGCAACUGCCGACUCUCUCUUCGCUUCCAAUCUCUGCUUCAGGCCGCGUUUGGCUCCGCCAAUAAGACCAAGCUUCUCAAUGGACCACAGUACCCAAGAAAAGCGUCUAAUCAAGCAGACUUCCAAGCACACAAAUCUACUCUUGGCUUGUGGGGCGGCACGUGACAGUCACGAGACCUCACCCAGGAAAGAUGAUGCACCUGUACAUGGAAAAUCCGAUAUGAUUGUUGGAGUUCUGGGAGGAGGGCAACUGGGUCGUAUGUUAUGUCAAGCAGCAUCACAAAUGGCCAUUAAAGUAAUGGUAUUGGAUCCGCUCGAGAACUGCCCUGCAAGUGCACUUUCUUAUCAUCAUAUGGUCGGAAGCUUUGAUGACAGUGCUACGGUCCAGGAAUUUGCAAAGAGAUGCGGAGUAUUAACCGUUGAAAUUGAACAUGUUGAUGUUGCGACCCUAGAGAUACUUGAGAAACGAGGAGUGGAUUGCCAACCUAAAGCCUCUACUAUCCGAAUAAUUCAGGACAAAUAUCUCCAAAAAGUUCAUUUUUCUCAGCAUGCCAUUCCACUUCCUGAGUUUAUGCAGAUAGAUGAUCUUGAAGGUGCCAAGAGAGCAGGUGACCUGUUUGGCUAUCCUCUUAUGAUUAAGAGCAAAAGGUUGGCUUAUGAUGGGCGUGGAAAUGCUGUUGCUGGCAGUGAAGGGGAACUCUCUUCUGCUUGGGUCUGGAUCAAGCAAUUAGAGUGCAUUGAUUCUAAAUGGUUCUUAGAGAUAAGAACCAGACCCAAAAAUUGUAGGUCCUUCAGCUUGGUAUUUUCCACUCCUAUUGAAGACAAAAUUGGGUUGAACAACAGUGCCAAGCUGGUUUUUAGCUGGAAGGCAUUUGGCAAUAGGCAUAAAUCAUGCAGGACACUGAUUGUGGACAGAAAUAUAAUGUUGAAAGCGUGUUUGUUUCAGGGUGCUCCGAGUUACAUCAUAGCCUGCAAACUUAAGGCCCUAAAAUCUGAUUUAAAAGCAUGGAAUGAGGAAGAUUUUGGAAAUAUAGAGAAAAAGAAACUUUUUUUGGUUGAUUUAUGGAUCCCAAAAGGUUUGGAGGAAGAGAGAGGUUUAGUUAAGGAGGAGAUAAUGUUGAAGGCUGCAGUGACUAAUGAAUUGGGGGGGAUUAUGCUUUUGGAGGAGGUGAGACGGAGGCAAAAAUCGAGGGCAUUGUGGUUAAGAGAGGGUGACAACUGCACAAAGUUCUUCCACCAAGUGGCCAAUUCGAAUAGAAGGAAUAAUUCCAUUGAGCAACUAGUGGUUAAUGUGCAGAAGAACACGCUGUACGUGGGAGGGCUGGCGGAGGAGGUGAACGAGGCAAUACUCCACGCGGCAUUCAUACCCUUUGGGGACAUUAAGGACGUCAAGACGCCGCUGGACCAGGCCACCCAGAAGCACCGCUCCUUCGGCUUUGUCACCUUCCUCGAGAAAGAGGACGCCUCCACCACCAUGGACAACAUGGAUGGCUCCGAGCUCUACGGCCGCGUCCUCACCGUCAACUAUGCCCUCCCCGAGCGCAUCAAGGGUGGCGAGCAGGGCUGGGCCGCCCACCCCAUUUGGGCGGAUGCGGACACAUGGUUUGAAAGGCAGCAGCAAGAAGAGGAAAUGCAGCGUAUUCAGGCAGAGAACCGGGCUGCAAUGGAGGCUGCAGAGGAGUUGCAUCGAAAGAAAGUGGCCCAAGAGCGAGAAGGGGAAAAGGAAGAUGAAACAGAGAUCAAGGAUGAUCCCAUGGCAAGGGCUGAAGCAGAGUAUUCCAAUUCUAAUUUGCAGGUGAAAAUAGUUUCAGCGCACCGGACCCCUGAAAUGAUGUUUACUUAUGCCUCCUCUGCUCAGGAGCGAGGCAUUCAGAUUAUCAUUGCUGGUGCUGGUGGUGCAGCCCACUUGCCAGGUAUGGUAGCUGCACUUACUCCCUUGCCUGUUAUUGGUGUCCCCGUGCGUGCUUCUGCAUUGGAUGGGCUUGAUUCACUUCUAUCCAUUGUGCAGAUGCCAAGGGGUGUCCCAGUUGCAACAGUUGCAAUAAACAAUGCUACCAAUGCAGGUUUGCUCGCCGUAAGGAUGUUGGGGAUUCAGGAUGCUGACCUACUGGCUAGAAUGAGCCAAUAUCAAGAAGACACAAGGAAUGGUGUCUUGACAAAAGCAGAGAAGCUGGAGAAAGAUGGUUGGGAAUCUUAUCUGAAUCUGUAAGUACAAAACCGCUCUUCCGGUGGUAUCCAUGUUCCCCAUGAGUUCAACACGUAACUAUGGAAGUUUGAGUUUGGCACUCACCGCCACAGAAAAGUUCAGAAUGAAGAAAAGGAUUUGUCCAAAUAAUGAAGUAGGAAGUGGAUCAAGAUUUUCUACCAUGAAUACAAAAAAGUGCCAAUGGAAACUGAGAGGUCAAGAAGAAAAGAAAUAGAGAAAACAGAGAGGAGGGGAAUGGGUGUGGGCGUGGGCGUGGGAAGAAGCCUUGUACCCAUUCUAAUUCUGUUAGAUCUUGCCAGUUUAGGGUUUUUUUAGCCAUAAGUGAUGAGACUAUAUAUAAUGCCUUCCUCCAUCAUCAUCAUCCCUAACUCUCCCCAUUGCCUUUUCAAAUACCAAAAAAAAAAAAAGAAAUUGUUCAGAAUCACAUAAGAGAAAUCCACUGAUUUCAUUUCACAAAUGAGUUUUUCUAAAAGCAAGUACUGCACAACAUCAUCUGCUAAUCCUUGCUCCUACAUACCGGAUGCAGCUGUGGCCAUUGCUGGCCGUGUUGCAAUGCAAUCACUCCAAAGCCAUGGCCAGAUGCAGCAAGCUUUCCCCGCAGCUUCUACUGCACAUACGACUCAGAAAGAGGACUCCAGUUCUUGAUAAUUUAUAAACAGUAAUUUCCUUUUCUUUUUUUUUCUUUUUUUAUUUUUUUAUUUUUAGAACCACUACUUACAGCAAGAGUAAAACUGUGUAAGCCAUGAAACCAAUUACCCAAAAAAAAAAUUAAAAAAAAAAAAUGAGAAGCCCCACGAAGCUGAUGUAAUUCAUAUUAAUAUGACUGGAGCCGCGUGGUCCUCAACAUUGAAUUCAUCCAAGACCGACGCUGAGCCUUUUAAUUUAUUCAUAGCCGCAGUAGCCUGCAAAAUUGGACCAUUUUGAUAGGGAAUCAUUUUUUGUAAGAAAAUAUUUAUUCGUUUUUUCAUCUUUGAACUUAAUUAGUUGUUAAUUAGAUCAGUUACUUCUCUUU